CCCUUCUUCUCCGCCCACUGUAGUUGAAGCCAAACAGAACAUCAUGGCGAUUGAUGGUGGAGAGCGUCACUGUGGACUACAUGAGCUGAUCUGCAUCAGAAAAGUUUCUCCGGAGGUUCUGGGGUUUCUGACGGCCAUCGGACUCUUCAUCAUCCUCAUGACCUUCCUCUUCUGGUACCUCAACAACAAACUGAUCCUAGAGAACCCGGCGGGCCUCCAGUGCCUCGAUGACUUCAGGAAGAACCCCGAGCUGCAAGAAAAGCCGUCCGCCGACGGCGACCUGCAGGACUCUUCCUCAGACAGCGAAGACGAGCUGAUGGGUCAGUACCAGGAGGCGGUCAGCCGCUCCCAGGGCCUCCGUGGAGGAACCAAGGCGGCCUGCAACACCAGACACCUGGGAGGGUUCAGGUGGGAGAGCCGGCAGAAGUACAGCCCUCUGACAGCAGAUUAUGACGGCUACAGCAGCGAGGCUUCAGCAGACGACGCCAACUGCAUCCAGAGGAUGAGGAGAACGCCGCCCCUGGAUGAGCUUCAACCGCCUCCCUAUCAGGAUGAGAACGGUUCUCCGAGGAUGUCCUGCACGCUGUCAGACCUGGGCGAUGCCAAGUGUGACCUGUCCCAAACCAGCGGCAGUCCACACCUGUCCUUUGGGAAGUGUCUGAGCGAGGGCAGCGACGGCCAAGGGAGUGAAGGUUACCUUAACAAAGGCUACGAGGAGGAUGUCCCCAGCGACAGCACGGCUGUCCUCAGCCCCGAGGACAUGUCGGCUCGUGGCUCGGCUGUACAGUUCCCCAAGGGUUACGAACUGGAUCCCAUGGCAAAGUACGGCACCCUGGACAUCGUCUUUGACUACGACUCAGAGGAGCAGCAGCUAACCGUGACCAUCAUGGCGGUGACCGAUCUUCCCUCCAUCAAACGCACCGGCAACAUUUCCUGGCAGGUCCACCUGCUGCUCCUGCCCACCAAGAAACAGAGAGCAAAGACGGGGGUCCAGCGGGGCCCCUGCCCCAUCUUCACCGAGACGUUUCGCUUCAGCCACGUGGAGUCGGAGAUGAUCAGCAACUACGCCAUCCGGUUCCGCCUUUACAGCAUCAGACGGAUGAAGAAGGAGAAGGUGUUUGGAGAGAAGGUGUUCUACUUCACCAAGCUCAUCCUGCAGGGGAAAAUGUCGGUGCCGGUCAUCCUGGACCCGUGCUGCGCUCUCCCGGGCGGUGAGUCCCAGGUCAGCCUCUCAGACAUGACCUGCAGCGAAAGCGCCUCAUCGUUCCAGUCUGUCAGUCAGACCUCCACUCCAGAGAUCCUCGUGGGCCUGGUGUACAACGCCACCACCGGCCGCCUCUCCGUGGAAGUCAUCAAAGGCAUCCACUUCAAAAACCUGGCUGCCAACAAGCCACCCACUGUCCAACCCUUGUUGUCAGAUGGGCUGUUCUGUUGUCUGAAACACUUGAUAGGUGGCCAGGUUUAUAUAAUCAGAGAUACCUACGUUAAACUGACCCUGCUCAACUCCAUGGGCCAUGAAAUGUCCAAGUGCAAGACGUCCAUCUGCAGAGGUCAGCCCAACCCGACCUACAAGGAGACGUUCAUCUUCCAGGUGGCGCUGUUCCAGCUGUCCGACGUCACGCUCAUCCUCUCCGUCUACAAUAAGCGCAGCAUGAAGCGGAAGGAGAUGAUUGGCUGGAUCUCUCUGGGCCUGAACAGCUCAGGAGAGGAGGAGCUCACCCACUGGACCCAGAUGAAGGAGUCCAAAGGACAGCAGGUCUGCCGCUGGCACAGUUUGCUGGAGUCCUAGCUGUGACGCUGCAGCGCCGGUCCAACGGCGGCCGAGGCUGUCCCUGGGUCUGUCCCUGUGUCUGUCCCUGGGUCUGUCCCUGUGUCUGUCCCUGGGUCUGGGCGAGGGUCUGGGCGAGGGUCUGGGCGAGGGUCUUCAGGGAGAAGAUGCUCCAGCUGCUCACCUUUGUGUUUCACAGCCUUGUUGGUAAAAUCCUGAGUGCCACACCUUCACAUCAAACAAUGGAGCCCAGCAGGAGAAGAUCCAGAGCACAGACCUGGCUUUUAGCGAGCAGCCCCUCCUCUCUGCCAACAUAUUUGUCCACAUAUUGUAACGAGUAACGUUUCUUCUCUUGGCAACGCCUCCAUUUCUGAACCCACUGCCACAGUCUGGGAGAAGAUCCGGAUUAGCUCCCAAAUCUACAGGUUGUCCCGGCUGGGACGCCGCCUCUCACCCCGUUUAACCUCCUCUCACCCCGUUUAAAUGCCUCUCACCCCGUUUAAACGCCUCUCACCCCGUUUAACCACCUCUCACCCCGUUUAAACGCCUCUCACCCCGUUUAACCGCCUCUCACCCCGUUUAACCUCCUCUCACCCGGUUUAACCGCCUCUCACCCGGUUUAACCGCCUCUCACCCCGUUUAAACGCCUCUCACCCCGUUUAAACGCCUCUCACCCCGUUUAAACGCCUCUCACCCGGUUUAACCGCCUCUCACCCCGUUUAACCGCCUUUCACCCCGUUUAAACGCCUCCACUAGCAAUAAUUGCUCUAGCAGGUCACUGCCGCUCAUAGUUUGUAGGUUGGAAACCCUAAAAUGUGCCGCGGAUCCGUCCCAGCAAGUCCUUCAAACAACCAGAACCAGAAUCCCAGUCAGGCUUAGAAAAUCCAAACUUCAGAACACAUUUAUGGUCUUUAAAGUCGUUUGAUCCGGUUCUGUUAGAGCUCAGUUGUUAGACAGUGAAAACCGAAUCCUUUAGUUAUGUUAUUAAAAAUAAUAUAGAUUAAUAUAUAUAACCAACAUUAAAAUCAUGAUUAAAACUACUGUUAUAAUGCUCAAGUGGGUUCAUAGCAUAAAUUUCAUAAUUUUAUAUAAUACGCGUAAUAAGAUGAUAACUGAUACAAAAUAUGAAUUUUAUGUUAUUAAAAUUAGUUCCCUGUAAUUAGCUGGCAAUAACGGUUUAUGUUAAGAUGUUAAUUAGUAAAUACAUGUUGCAUAUGAAUUUAUUUUAUAAUUAAUGAUGUGAUGUAGUUACAAACACCGUAACAACGUAAUUACACGGUAGUAACAGCUUGCAAUAGGAUGUUAAGUGAUUAAUUCUCUGCUAACAUCAUUAUCUGCUAAUAAUAUGCAUACAUAACUAUAACAUGUUAACAUGUGGUAUGAAAUAUUUGUGUCACACUGAGAGAGAGCCUUUAAUAAUACAGUUAGCUGUAAUUAUACGGUAAUCUGGGAACAACACCUUGUUUAAGACGGUGGACUUUUAAUGCUAAAGCUGAAGAAACAUAGGACAUAAACCCAUAAAUAUGGGUUUAUAAUCUCUUACCAGCCAUAGAUGUGCGUAAUAACCAAAGGGAACGGAUUUAUUAGGCGCUAAUAUGGCGUUAGCAGCUAAUCUGGAGAUGUGCUCAGCUCACCUUGCAGAGGUGAUCCAGUUAUAGUUUCCAGCAUAGCGUUUUAUUUCAAGCUGCUACUACAUGGACAUGCCUUUGCUAAUCAUGAUAUUACCCACUACAUGCUGAUAACUUGGUUAUUGCCUCUUGGUUCCGUUUUAGUCCUGAGCUAUGACAGGAAGCGCCACCAAAGCAUUUUACAGUCAGUGAAUUUAGGAUAGAAACUGCAGAUUUUUGUAAAUGGGGGAAAUUAAUUUGAGGCUAAACGUGAAUUUAGCUGCAGAGUUUGUGCAUAAAUGUGUUUCCUUAAUACUCCUGCAUGGACGGGUUCCUGAAGACCGGGUUAUGGAGUGACACGAGUCUAUCAGGUCCUGGUCUGGACCGGUCCAAACGCUGAGUGUGCAUUUUGUGCCUGGAGCAAAGAUCUGUAAAGACGUCAGAUGAGCCGAGCGUCCGGCUAACAGGCAGCAGAACGCCAACCUCCGCUGCUCUGGUGCUACCAGAACCGGCCUGGGUGCACACAGGAGCCUCUGCCUUACGUCUGGGGCCCGCCCGCUGCAGGGAGGCCCCGCCCGCCGCAGGGAGGCCCCGCCCGCCGCAGGGAGGGCCCGCCCUGACUGCA